GGAACAGAGGCCCGUAAUGAACCGCGACUUCGUGUACGACCAUGACGACAGACCGACGGCGUGGUCACGCGCGGGGAGCACGCUCAACAAGUGGCUGUGGGGUGCUCUGUGCUGCGGCCUGCCGGGCGCGCCCUGCUACUUCUGCGCGUGCUGCCAGAGGAUGGACGAGCCCGACCGGGAGCGACCGACGGUCAACCAAGCCACCGCGACAGCAGAGCGACAGUCGCGUCCGUAUCGUCCGCACGCGCCGCGCGGACGCAAGGCGACACCGGAGACGCUCUCAGCCGUACGCUGCGCGCUCUCCCAGCUGCAAGGCGAGCCGGCGCCUGUACUGCCCACCACGUCGCAGUCUGCGCCCAACAUUCCCGAACCGGGAUAAGACAGGGAGGGACUGACGUCUGCAAAGAAGAACUUGCAUUAUAGUUGAUAAGCCCACACAGAGGACUAUUAACAUAGGCUAAUAGGCUAAGCCGAGGACGUACAGUUGGACAUGCAGAUAAUAAUGAACCCUAAAAACGUGUACCUAAUAAAU